AAGAAAGACAAGAAGCGGCAUAAGGACACCAGCCUGCGUCCCAGCGAAUCAAAUUCGCCAUCGAAGCCCAGUACAAGCACAACUAAUGUACCAUCCUCCACUGACGUCGAUGCCUUUUUGUCAAAACAUGCUGUGACCAUCCAUGUCCCCGAAGGCUCGGAUCCAGUUACCCCCGUGCUCUUCUUCGACCAGCUUGAUGUGCCCUCAGAGCUCCACUCCGCCCUCAAAGGCUUCAAAGAGCCGACGCCCAUCCAAGCGUGCUCGUGGCCUCCUGCCCUUCAGGGCAAGGACGUCGUCGGUAUCGCAGAGACCGGAAGUGGAAAGACCCUCGCCUUCGGCCUUCCCGCCCUCGCUCGCCUCAUUUCAUCUCCCUCAUCCACAAAGAACAAAGGCACGACUGUGUCCGUCCUCGUCGUCGCACCCACUCGCGAGCUUGCCAUCCAGACGCAUGACACCCUCGCAGCGCUGGGCGAGCCUUUCGGUAUCGCCAGCGUCGCAGUCUUCGGCGGCGUGGACAAGGCCCCGCAAGUGAGAUCACUCAAGAACGCGAACAAGGACGGAAAGACUACGCGGAUCAUCGUGGGUACGCCUGGUCGGAUACUGGACCUGGUCAACGAUGGUGCCUGCGACCUGAGUCGUGUAACAUAUCUGGUCCUCGACGAGGCAGAUCGGAUGUUGGACAAGGGGUUCGAGAACGAUAUCCGUGCCAUCAUUAGUCACACGAAGCAAGGCGCCGAACGCCAGACCCUCAUGUUCAGUGCAACGUGGCCUGAAGCCGUGCGGAGACUAGCAGGAUCGUUCCAACGCGAUCCCGUGCGAGUCACCGUCGGCAGCGACGACCUCACAGCGAACAGCCGCGUAGAGCAGACCGUCGAAGUCUUCGACGACUCCCGGUCCAAAGACCAACGUCUCCUCAAGCACCUCCGCAGCCUCUCGCACAAAAAAUCCGGCUCGCCCGAAGACGCGCGCAUCCUCGUCUUCGCGCUCUACAAAAAAGAAGCCACGCGCGUCGAGUACAUGCUCCGGGACCAGGGCUACUCCGUCGCAGGCCUGCACGGCGACCUCUCCCAAUCCGCGCGCAUGGAGGCCCUCGACAACUUCAAGGCCGGCCGGACGGGCCUCCUCGUCGCGACGGACGUCGCCGCGCGGGGGCUCGACAUCCCCAACGUCGCCGCGGUCGUCAACUACACGUUCCCGCUCACGAUCGAGGACUACAUUCACCGGAUCGGGCGGACGGGCCGGGGCGGGAAGUCGGGCAAGUCGAUCACGUUCUUUACGGGCGAUGGCCAUGAGAGGGCGUUGGCCGGGGAGCUGGCGAGGGUGCUUAGGGAGAGUGGGUUUGAGUGUGAGGGGCUGAGGAAGUUUCCAAUGACGAUCAAGAAGAAGACGCACAGCGUGUACGGCGCGUUCUUCAAGGACGACAUCCCCAUGGACACUAAACCCACCAAGAUCACCUUCGACUAA